UCCUGUACAACUAAAAACGAAUUGGUUGGAGGGAAAAUUAAAUAAAAACAUAAAAGCACAACGGAUUUCAUGAGUUAAAACUCUGUUGAUUAAGCUUCAUUCUUUAGUCCUCUGGAGGAAUCUAACCUAACAUCUGUUCAUUCUGGCCGUUCCAGAUCUUUCAUUUUCUUCUGGUGAAUCCAUUCUUUUAAUGGAUCUCUGCGUUCUUUGGGUCUUUCUCCUUCUAUCUGCUGGAGGUUUGGCUGAACUUGGUAUUUGGAACUGUUCAUAAUUUAUUCACCUUUAGAAAAACCCCUGUUCCAUCAGAAGAACAACCCCACAGCUUGAUGCUGCCACCACUAUGUUUCACUGAGUGUGGUGAUCAGUCUGUGAUCUUAUUUUGUGGCCAACAAAGUUUCAUCAGACCACAAAUGAUUUUAUGUCUUAAGUAAAAGGAUCCAGUUUAUGAACAAAUAUAAAAUGAACGCAUCACACAUGUCGACAGCCCUCAGCCUCUUCAGCUCCCUCUCACGUGGAGUUCCUCAUGGAUCAAAUCUUGGAGCCAUUUUAUUUUCCAUUUCCUUGCUCCCAUAUCUUUAGAAAAUGUAAUAUCUCAUUUCAUUCAUAUUCAAAUGACAUCCCGAUCUAUUGUAAUCAUCCUGUUUCACUAUAGCCACUGUUUGCCUGCCUUACUGAGGGGAACAGCUUGGAUCAAAUUUUCUAAACGAUGAAAGUAAAACUGCAGUUUUUUUUGGUCCCAGAGGAAAUCGCUCUGCUGCUUCUCCAGAUCCAGGUAGCCUGGAGCAGUUUGUAAGAGCUCAUGGAACGGGUAAUUCACGCCUUCGUUCCCAGCUGGACUACUGGACCUCUCUGUAUGUUGGUGUCACCCAGGCCGGCCUCUCACAACUACAGCUGGUUCAGAACAUUGCGGCUCGUCUCUGAACACGAACAAAAAAUCAGGAACAAAUCUUCCCAGUGCUUGCUUCUCUUCGCCGUUUCUCUGCUGGUUUAAUUUUACUGUUUGAAUGAUAACCUAUAAGGCCCUGAAUGGGCCGGCGCCUGUAUACCUGCCAGACCUCCUGCAGCUUUAUGUGUCCUCCAGAUCUCCUAGAUCUGAUGAUCAUUUGCUUGUAGUUGCCCUGAAGUCCAGGCUGGUCCACAGAGGUGAUUGGACCUUUUUAGUCGUAGUUCUUAAACUGUGGAACCAGCACCUUCAUAGCAUACAGGCUUCAACUCUUGGAUGUUUUCAAGUCUCUUCUAAAAACUCACUGGCUGUUAAAACAGCGUGAGAGUUGCUUUAUAAAGAAAUUUGAUUUGAGACAGAUUCUAAUUCGGUUCCAGUUAGUGUAGUCAAGUUUAGUUUUAGAUCCGUAGUUACAUAAACGUCUACAGAAGGUAGCCUAGGUGACGUUUUGCAGCCAUUCCUCAUUCUGAUCCAGGAUGUGGUGUCAGGAGAUCCAGAAAUGGCGCAGAUAUUGUUUCUGAUUAUCCUCAGCUCUCUUCCAUCGCUCGUUGUGCCCAUACAUAAUUCAUCGACGGGAGGCUGUGCCAUUAUCCGGCCUCCGAGGGAUGGAGGGAUCCGCUACAGAGGCCUGACACAAGAACAGAUCCGCAGUGUGCAGAUCCUGCCUGUGGAUUACGAGAUCGAGUACAUCUGCAGAGGAAACCGGGUGAUUGUGGGUCCAAAGGUCAGGAAGUGUUUACCCAACGGCACGUGGACGGACAUGACGCAGCCCAGCAGAUGCUUGCUGCUGUGCCCGAGGGUGUGGACGUCCCUGGAGAACGGCAGAGUGACGGCGAGGCCUCCCGGGCCCCCAGUAGAAGGGACGGUUCUUCAUUACAGCUGCAACGCCGGCUUCAUCCUGGAAGGAAGAAACAUCAGCCAUUGCACCAAGCUUGGCAAAUGGGAUGCUCCUAAACCCACAUGCCUGUAUGACAGAAACUACACAGGGAAGAAGAAGCUGUACAUCGGAGCGCUGUUCCCGAUGAGCGGGGGCUGGCCGGGGGGGCAGGCGUGCAUGCCCUCCGCUCAGAUGGCUCUGGACCUGGUCAACAACAGGAGCGACAUCCUGCCGGACUACGAGCUGGAGCUCAUCCACUAUGACAGCAUGUGUGACCCGGGAGAAGCCACCAAGCUGCUGUAUGACCUUCUCUACACCGAGCCCAUCAAGAUCGUCCUCCUGCCCGGCUGCAGUGGCGUCUCCACACUUGUGGCUGAAGCUGCUCGGAUGUGGAACCUCAUAGUACUGUCCUACGGCUCCAGCUCGCCGGCGCUCUCCAACCGCCAGCGCUUCCCCACCUUCUUCCGCACCCACCCGUCGGCCACCCUCCACAACCCCACCAGGGUGCAGCUGUUCCAGAAGUGGAAGUGGACGCGCAUCGCCACCAUCCAGCAGACCACAGAAGUCUUCACCUCAACUCUGGAUGAUCUGGAGCAGAGGGUGAAGGAGGCAGGCAUCGAGAUCAGCGUUCGUCAGAGCUUCCUCACCGACCCGGCUGUCGCUGUCAAGAACCUCAAGCGCCAGGAUGCGAGGAUCAUUGUGGGGCUCUUUUAUGAAACCGAAGCUCGGAAGGUGUUCUGUGAGGUGUUCAAGGAGAAGCUCUACGGGAAGAAGUAUGUGUGGUUCCUGAUUGGCUGGUAUGCUGACAACUGGUUCAAGAUCAAAGACCCAGCCAUCAACUGCACGGUGGAGAACAUGACGGAGGCCGUGGAGGGUCACGUGACCACCGAGAUCGUCAUGUUGAAUCCUGAGACCAUCCGUGGGGUCUCCAACAUGACUUCACAGGAGUUUAUUGGUGCCUUGAUGUCUCGUCUUGGGGGGAAGAAUCCUGAGGAGACAGGUGGAUUUCAGGAGGCCCCUCUCGCCUUUGACGCAGUGUGGGCUCUGGCUCUGGCCCUUAAUAAGACUGUGGCACCCCUGAAGGCCAAGGGUCGACGGCUGGAGGACUUCAACUAUAACAACCAUGACAUCACCUCGGAGAUCUACAGAGCACUCAACACAAGCUCCUUUGAAGGGGUUUCGGGUCACGUGGUGUUUGAUGCCCAGGGUUCCAGGAUGGCAAUGACCCUCAUAGAACAACUGCAAGGAGGCAGUUAUAAGAAGAUUGGUUACUAUGACAGCUCUCAGAUGAACCUCUCCUGGUUCAACAACGACGUUUGGAUCGGUGGAAAGCCUCCGGCCGAUCGAACAGUGGUGCUGGAGGAACACAGGCUUUUGUCUCAGAAGCUGUUUGUGUCUGUGUCGGUCUUCGCCGGGCUCGGCAUCCUCCUCGGCAUCGUUUGUCUGACCUUCAACAUCUACAACGGCAACGUGCGGUACAUCCAGAACUCUCAGCCCUAUCUGAACAACAUGACAGCAGUGGGCUGCAUGAUGGCGCUGGCUGCAGUGUUCCCGCUGGGGAUUGAUCGGUACCACGUCAACAGACCACAGUUUCCCGUCGUCUGCCAGUUCCGUCUGUGGCUCCUCGGCCUUGGAUUCAGCCUCGCUUAUGGCAGCAUGUUCACCAAGAUCUGGUGGGUCCACACGGUCUUCACCAAGAAGGACGAGAAGAAGGACAAGAAGAAGCAACCCUUGGAGCCGUGGAAACUCUACGCAACAGUUGGAGUGCUGCUGGGCAUUGACUUCCUGUCACUCAUGAUCUGGCAGAUUGUGGAUCCUCUGCACAUCACGGUCGAGAAGUUCACUAAGGAGGCCCCAAAAGAAGAUCUGGAUGUCCUAAUUCAGCCUCUGCUGGAGCACUGCAGCUCAGAGAAGAUGAACACGUGGCUCGGUGUGGUUUAUGGCUACAAGGGUCUGCUACUACUGCUGGGCAUUUUUCUGGCUUACGAGACUAAGUCUGUCUCCACUGAGAAGAUCAAUGACCAUCGAGCCGUGGGGAUGGCCAUUUACAACGUAGCCGUGCUGUGCCUGAUCACGGCUCCGGUGACUAUGAUCCUGUCUUCACAGCAGGACGCCUCCUUUGCCUUCGCCUCUCUGGCGAUCGUCUUCUCUGCCUACAUCACUCUGGUGGUGCUUUUUGUACCGAAGAUGCGACGUCUCAUCACCCGCGGUGAGUGGCAGUCAGAGCAACAGGACACUCUGAAGACCGGAUCGUCCACCAACAACAACGACGAGGAGAAGUCCAGGCAGCUGGAGCGGGAGAACAGGGAGCUGCAGAAGAUCAUCCAGGAGAAAGAAGAGAGGGUGUCGGCACUUCGCAACCAGCUGGCCGAGCGUCAGGCUAUUCGCAACCGCCGCCAACCCACCUCGGGCCAGAAUCAGAACCACAAUGCUCCGCCGCCUGCAUCCCAGACCGAUCCCAAGUCCCUGCUUCCUCCUCCGGGCUACCCCAACCCCACCUCGGACAAUCACUCCCUGCCGCCCUCCUUCUCCAACUCGUCCAGCCUCUACCCUGCGGACAGCAAGAUGAGCCGCAACCACUGUCACAACAGCCAGAUCCCGCUGCUCUACAAGUAGGCGGUGAGGGUGGUGGUGGGGUGCGCGUGGGAGGGCACAAAACACAAACGGGACACAACUGUGACGUUCACUUUGUUUGGGAGGAGAGCACAGCUGUGACGAGUCAUGCAGGUAACAACCGUCCUCACCGUUCUGCGUCGGUAACCCGGAAAACAAAGCACACAUAGCGGCAGCGGCGAGCACAUCUUUGACCUGCAGAGGUCAUCUGAACAUUUACGCUGUCAGUCCUCUCUACUUCGCUGUCUCGUUCUUUUGUGGGGACAGGCAUGUUUAAGGAAAAACGUGUUUGUGUUUUUUGCGAUUUCGUCUCCACGUUUCAUCUGAUUGGGUUUGUUGACCAGAAAUCCACGUGUAGUUGGUUUAUAUUGUUCUGUAAUAUUUGAUCUGUUCUGUCACUGAGAUGUUUGAUUCUUUGUUCACUUUUCAGGAGAAAACUAAAACUUACAGACUGAUAAAAGCGAUGUACAGAUUUUCUCCAACGUUCCUGUUGAACAGCUGCUGUGCUUGGAUGUCUGGGAACGCUGCAUUUUAUCCAAAAGUGAUCAUGUGAUUUAUUUAAUAGCCAUACCUUAAAGGUCAGGGGUCAGCAUGUAUGGAUGUCUGUUGUCCAGACUGCAUUUCAAUAAUCAAGUUAUUGCUUUUUUAACUAGAUAAUAAGUGAAGCGAAUAAGGAAUUCUUUUGGACAAUCUUGAUGCUUUCACUCGUUUUUUAAGUUUGUUUUUUAGUCUAUUGUUUGUUUCUUAUAAUCUGAGAUUGUUCAUUAACGAGAGAACCCAUGCACAAUAAGUCUAUAAAACAGGUCAUCUAUG